CGCAGCUCAGUGCAGCUUCAUCUCGGAGAACACCAGAGAGAAAGAAAGAGUGGGUAAGAGGGAACGCGCCAGAGAAGAAGGAAAGAGACGGAGCGAGAGACAGUGAACAAGAGUGACCAGAAAUCGUUCCCUUUUCGUUUCAAUUUCAUAUUAAACCCCAGACAUUGGUCGGCGCUUGGAUGAACCAAAACCUAUCGAUCAGUCAGUGUUACACCUGGAUCCGCUGACCAGCUCAAAGCAGGCAUGUCCCGACGGAAGCAGAGUAACCCGAGGCAAAUCAAACGGCCCCUAGAAGAUGGUCUAGAGGAAGAAGAGGAGGAGUGUGUCUCGGAGGAGAAUGAGCUCCUGGCCAAAGAUGAGUUCUCUGCAGAGGAGAACUUCUCUGCAGACUUUGAACCUGAAAACCUGAGCUGUGAAGACAUGGAGUACUUCUGCAACAAAGGUGAAGAGGACGGGAGCAGGGAGACGGGGGAGUCCGACGUCGACGGGCAAAACGAUAAAACCAGACGCCCCCUCCUUGAACCCGAGGACUGGGAUGGUCCGAGAGAACUGGAUGUUUUCCACAAAGAAGGAGAGAGGAGGAUUCACAGUCGACAGCAGCUCCCGGUGGGCACGACUUGGGGGCCCUUUGAGGGGAAGAUCGAGAUGAGUACUGACGGAAGUGGCUUGAAGACCAAGUGCUCCGUCCCGGUGGUGCUGAACGCCGGCCCCAGAUGGCUGCUGGAUGUGACUUGGCAGGGAGCGGAGGACAACAAAAACAACUGCGUGGUGUACAGCAAAGGCGGACAGCUUUGGUGCACCACCACGAAGAACAUGGUGGAGGGCGAGGAGCUGGUGGCAUUCGCGGUGGACUUUGACUCUCGGCUCCAGGCAGUGAGCCACAUGUCCCUGACCGAGGGCAUGUACCCAGCACGGCUCCUGGACUCCAUACAGCUCCUCCCGCAGCAGGCCGCCAUGGCGUCUAUACUGCCUACCGCCAUCGUCAACAAGGACAUCUUCCCUUGCAAGGCGUGUGGGAUCUGGUACCGGAGUGAGAGGAACCUGCAGGCCCACCUGAUGUACUACUGCAGUGGGCGACAGAGGGAGCCUGAGACACUGGUGGAGGAGAACGAGGCCAACCCUCACCAGACGCCUAACAUCUGCCCCUUCCCACAAUGCAACAAAAGCUUUGCAGGGGCAAGGGCACUGGAAAUGCACUUAACCACACACAGUGGUGUCAAAAUGGAAGAGACUCUCCCCCCUGGCACCAGCUUGAAAUGCACAAUCUGUACCUACACAGCAGAUUCUCUUAUUACAUUCCAACACCACAUCCUCUCUCACCUGUCACAGGCGGCCUUCAGAUGCAAUCACUGCCAUAUCAGCUUCCAGAACCACAGGGAACUCUUACAGCAUCAGGACUUACACGGGCAUGGCAGCAAACUUCACAGAGAGAGCGACAGCGAGCACUCCCCAAGGGGCGGCGACGAAAGCCUGCAACAGGCCAGGGGCGAGCUGGUAAACAGGAAAGACGUCCUCCAGAGUCCCAAGGGCAGCCAGGGCAAGGAAAUUGGCUCUGACGCCGAGCUGGAGAAGGCAGAGAAGAAGUCCAUGCUGUUGUCCCAGAAGGCCGAUGCCCACCUGGGGAGCAAGGCCAGCUUCUCUUACACCCGGAUCAAAUCGGAGCCCUCCAGCCCCCGCCUGGCCUCGUCGCCUGUCCAGCACAACAUGGGCCCCACCUUCCCCAUGGGGCCCUUCCUGUCUCAGUUCGCUUUCUCCCAGGACAUCUCGGUGGUUCCGCAAGCUUCGGAGAUACUGGCGAAAAUGUCAGAGCUGGUGCACCGCAGGCUACGGCACGGCGGGAACAGCUACCCGCCGGUGAUCUACAGCCCCCUGAUGCCGAAGGGGGCCACGUGCUUCGAAUGCAACAUCACGUUCAACAACCUGGAUAACUACCUGGUCCACAAAAAGCAUUACUGCAACAGCCGCUGGCAGCACAUGGCUAAGUCGCCCGACUUCCCCGGCGUCUCGGACAAGGCGGCCGAGGCAGUGAGCCCCAACAGCGGGCACGGGUCGGUGGGCAUGCUGGCCGCCUGCCACCCGUCGGAAGCCGACAGUCAGCUGAUGCAGUCGGCCUGCUUGAACUCGUCCGUCCUCGACAUGAUCAACGCGGGGGGCAAAGCGCCCGACAAGGACCUCCCGGGACAGGCGAAGAAGGUCUCCACCCCGACAGGGGCGGAGGAAAGGCUAAACGGCAAGCAGGCAGACGUGAAGAGCCCCAGCACCUCCCUGGCGGAAAACGACCACGACCCCAGCAAGACCACGUGCGAGGCCUGCAACAUCACCUUCAGCCGGCACGAGACCUUCAUGGUCCACAAACAGUACUACUGCGCCACGCGUCACGACCCGCCCAUGAAGCGCAUGUCCGCCAACAAGGUCCCCGCCAUGCAGAGGACGAUGAGGACCCGCAAGCGCAGGAAGAUGUACGAGAUGUGCCUCCCCGACCAAGAGCAGAGGCCGCCCCUGGGCCAGCCCACCUUCCUUGGCAUUCCCGCUCUCGGGAGCCCCUGCACUUCCCAGGAGGCCGUGGAAAACCUGGCGGACCGCUUCCACCCGCGGUGCGACAUGUUCCCCGGCAUGGUUCCCAAGCACCUCGAGGCCUCCCUCACCGUCACAAAAUCAAUCCUGGCUCCCAAAUGCAAUACGGCAGACCCGCAGGAGCUCGACGCGCCCAUCGAUCUCAGCAAAAAAUGCUCCCCGCAUCCUGACAAGGCCUGCAGCUCCCCCAAAAGACUCUUGGACUAUCACGAAUGUACGGUUUGCAAGAUAAGUUUCAACAAAGUGGAGAACUACCUAGCCCAUAAACAGAACUUCUGCCCGGUGACCGCGACCCAGCACAGUGAAAUUGGCAGUCUGGACCAGACAAUGUUCCCGGAGGUGAAAAGUGAAGGCAAUAAUCCCGAUGAUGUCUAUGAUAAGAGCCCUGGGAAAUGUGAUAAAAACGGAAGCACCAAGCUGAUCGCGCAAAACGGUAGUGUGUUCCCCUCGCAUUUAGGUUCCCUGCCGGGGCUCAAGACUUUCGGCGAGGCUCAGCUCAUUCCGGCGAAAGAGGAGAACAAGAAUUUGUUUCUGCCCCAUUGCCUUUAUCCCGGAGCAAUAAAGAAGGUGAAAGGUGCUGAGCAAAUAUCGCCAUAUUACGGGAUAAAACCCAGCGAUUACAUUGCCGGGAGCCUGGUCAUGCAAGGCGACUCGAGCGAACAGGAGCAGAGUACAAAUGGAUCGAGCGAGGCGGGGAAGGACCAGUCGGCGCCCAAUGGCUGCCCUCACCCCAGCAAAGAGCCUCUGCCCCUGCUGCCCAAAAACAGGGGCAUGGUGAUCGUGAAUGGCGGACACAAGGCGGAGGAGCGGCCCAGCCCGGUCGCCGGGCAGCAGGAGAACGUGCCCCACAACUCCCAGCCGUCGCCCACCUGGGCCCCCGAGAACCCGUCCGACUCCAACGAGAACGUGUCGCCCUCCGCCAAGUCCCCCGCGGAAGAGCCCCCACCGGCCCCCGCGAAGGGCGUGAACGGAUCGUCCCCCGGCACAGCCGGCAGCGGUAAAUACUGCCGCCUCUGUGAUAUUCAGUUUAACAAUCUGUCAAACUUUAUAACCCACAAGAAGUUCUACUGCUCGUCACAUGCGGCGGAACACGUGAAAUGAAGUUUUCCGGCCCCCCUCCCCUCCCCUCCCCUCCUUCAGUCCCUCCCUCCCUCCUCUUCUUCUUUUUCAUUUUGUUUUUUAUGUUUUUGUUUUUGGAUUAUUUGGGGGGGGUUACACUGUUGUGUCUGGAAUAGUGCGUCAUGCAGUUUUAAAUGCUGCUUGUGGACAAUCAAGAGAAGACUCUUCUUUCAUCAUCUUAAGACUUAAUGCAAAUCAUUGGUUAAAAAAAGAAAAAAUAAAGUGUAAUAUUGGUGGCAUUCACAUGUAUUUAUUUUACAAUCAGUAUUAAUAGGAGUAGUGAUCUUAAUUUAAAUUAAAAUGAAAUUUAUAUCAGAGUUGUUUGUAAGGUUAUUGUAUAGUCAUUCUUGUGUAGCACACAUUGUUUACACUGUAAUGUAGGUUCAACGAUACAAUAGUCACGGAAUACAAAGGAAAUGCAUUUUAGACACAAAAUAGCAACAAAAGCACUUGUGUAUUCUUAUUUGCUGUAACGGUUUUUUGUAUAUGCCGAACUGUAAUCUGCAGCUGGAAUUUGCGACUUUUUUUGCCCACUGUUUUGGGGAUAAUCAGACACAAUCCUGCUUUUUACAUUUUGGCAUAUACACAGCUUUGCAUAUGUAUGUGGCUGUUUGUCCCUGUCUCUUUUAUUCAACUGAGAAAUGGAUGUUUUAAUGAGGAUGGCAGCGAUCUUGUAUAGUACUCGUAUUUCUGUUUUCUGAUAUUACCUUGGUCUCCCUUUUUAAAACAUUGCUCUCAAUGCAAUACUUUGUAAAAGAGGAAACAUUACUGAAAGCAGUAUUAUGAAAGGGGGACUUGUCAGAUUUUAUUUGAAUCCCAUGGGGGUAAAAAAAGAAAGUUGUACAAGAACUACGUUUAUUGAUGUUGACAAACAGGAUGGGUGGGAGGGUCCACGGGGAUCGCCAAUGUAACAUGAUCAUUCCAAUGUCCUAAUUAUGGGAGAAAAAAAAUAUUUCUUAAAAAAACGUUGUUGCUAUGCAUGUAUAUGGAUGGAAUACAAUUCCUGAACUGUUGGAAAUUUUUAUUUUGAUGUGGUGUCAUAAUUAAACUUCAAUCCUCAGGAUAACCACAA